AUGAGGAGAUUUAUUGCAUAUUUAUCUGCUUUCAAAAGAGAACAACAUUCAUUCUCUUUCAAUAGAAAUGUUAGGCCUUCACUUUCUCUUAGUCCAAGAACCUUAAAUCUGCCCAUCUCAUCAUUUCCCUUUACUUUUUUGCCCACUACUGUUAUUCCUAUGCACUUAUAUUGCUCUCAAGUUGCCUCAUUAGAACAGACAUUUGAGAAUAGUGGUAGAAGAAAUCGUGUUAGAGAGUGUGAUAUUGAUAAAGUUUGUGAAACUAUAAUGGGCAGCUCUAGGUUUUCGAAUUGUAAUCAUGAUAAUCAUAAUAUGGAGAAAGCCCUUGACCAACUUGGGUUAGAGCUUACUACUGACUUGAUCCUUGGAGUUCUCGAUAGGCUUCAUUUCGAGGAAAAGAUUGCAUUUAGAUUCUUCAUGUGGGCAGGGCAUCAAGAGAAUUACUCUCACGAGCCUCGUGCUUAUAACGAAAUGAUAGAUAUUUUGACUAGUACUAAAUAUAAGACGAAGCAGUUUCGAAUAGUCUGUGAUAUGCUCGAUCACAUGAAGAGGAGUAACAAGAAUGUAGUUCCUGUUGAAGUUUUGUUGACCAUUUUGAGGAAUUAUACGGAGAAGUAUCUGACCUGUGUUCAGAAAUUCGCCAAAAAGAAGAGGAUAAGGGUGAAGACGCAGCCAGAAAUCAAUGCCUUCAACUUGUUGUUGGAUGCUUUAUGCAAGUGUAGUUUGGUUGAUGAUGCUGAAGCAUUGUUUAAGAGCGUGAAGGACAAGGUUAAGCCUGAUGCUAACACGUAUAAUGUAAUGUUUUUUGGCUGGUGUAGAGUUAGGAAUCCGACUAGAGGAAUGAAGGUUUUGGAGGAAAUGAUCCAACUUGGCCAUUCCCCUGAUAGUUUUACAUACAUUACUGCCAUUGAUGCAUUUUGCAGAGCAGGGAUGGUGACCGAGGCAGCUGAACUUUUUGAGUUCAUGAGAACGAAAGGUUCAACUCUGUCUUCGCCCACAGCAAAAAGUUAUGCAAUUAUGAUUGGGGCUUUGGUCCGGAAUAAUAGAAUGGACGAGUGCUUUAAGCUUCUGGAGGAUAUGAUAAACAGUGGUUGCCUCCCUGAUGUUUCAACAUACAAAGAAUUGAUUGAAGUGAUGUGUUCGGCUGGGAAGAUUGAUGAAGCUUAUAGAUUUUUGCAAGAAAUGGGAAACAAAGGUUAUCCUCCUGAUAUUGUUACUUAUAACUGCUUUCUCAAGAUCCUCUGUGAGAAUAAAAAUAGUGAAGAAGCACUUAGGCUUUAUGAAAGAAUGACUGAAGUCGGUUGCUUUCCUAGUGUGCAGACUUAUAAUAUGCUGAUUUCAAUGUUUUUUGAAAUGGGUGAUCCUGAUGGGGCAUUUGAGACUUGGCAUGAGAUGGAUAAGAGAGGCUGUGCACAGGACGUUGAUACUUAUAUUGUGAUGAUUGAUGGGCUUUUUGGUUGCAAUAAAGUAGAGGAUGCAUGUUUCCUGAUAGAAGAUAUCGUGAACAAGGGAAUGAAAUUGCCAUAUAAGAAGUUUGACUCUUUUCUGAUGCAGCUUUCAGUGAUUGGUAAUAUCCGAGCCAUCCACAGACUCUCAGAGCACAUGAGGACGUUCUAUAAUCCUUCUAUGGCUAGACGUUUUGUGCUAAAUCAAAAGAGAAAAAGCAUGAGCGUCAGAGGGAAGUAA